CUACAAUAUCGCAACUGUGCAGCCAAGUACACCGGGAACGGAGCUGUGGCAUGCAGAUAGACACAGAAGCAAGUAAUUGCUGUUGGCAUUACGAGUACUUGCAUCUUCGCGCGUCGUUGAGAGGGGGCCUCUGACAUGAGUCUCCAAGUUCAUCUGGCUCAACCCGGCCUGCGGGCAGCCGUAGGAGUCAGCUCCCAUCACAAAUUCCAGUUUCCUUCAUUUCCGAGUUUCUUCGCGCUAGGUGAUUCCUUCUCUGCCGGAAUCGGAGCAAGCUGUGGAUGGAUCAAGGAUGAAUUUGAUGCAAAGGGGACCUGCCUCAAAUGUAAUGGCAGCUAUCCGUAUCAGAUCAUUGAAGUGGCCAACACCUCCAACGCAUUCUCGGAUAACAUGGAGGUCUAUCAUCUUGGGUGCACUGGCGCAGCCAUGAACGAUGUUAUCAAUACUGGAUGGAACAACCGUACAUCUCAGAUCGAUUUGAUGAAACCCAAAGCUGGAAAAGGAGGAUGGGGCACGUUGUCCAUCGGCGGCAACGACGUUGGGUUUGCCAAUAUUGUUGCAAACUGUAUUAUGUUCGAUAGGCCAUCCUGCGACGCGGACAUGAAUUUCACAGAGACCCUCAUCUCCGAUCCAAGUCUCGUCGGCCAGUUCACUACGACAUAUUGGAAGGUCUUGGACACUGCUCUUCAACACGACUUUAGACUCAUCGUCACCAGCUACGCCCAAUUCUUCAACGCCGAGACAGCUAUUUGUGAUAAUCGGUAUAUCUUCUACGGGAGAUAUCUCACUCGAGAGUUUCGGACUCGCGUCAAUAAAAUGGUAGCAGAUUUGAACCUCCUCAUCCAGAUCGCAGUAUCCAUCGUGGAGCUGCAACUGGUGUUCGGAGGCUCGCAGAAGGGGAUAUUCUUUGAAGACUGGGAUUCCCUAUUCACAGGCCAUAGGUUCUGCGAGGAACCUCCUCUAGACUGGCCAGACGCAUGGUUCUUCACUAUAAACGGCGUGGACAUCCUGCCCAACAACACCAACCACACCAAUGCCGUCCCUCAAUGGACAGGUCCACCUUGGGGAGAGACCCCAGUCAACCUCACUUCGUUUGCCUCGAGCUGCAAUGCGGAGAAUCCGGGCAAUCUUACCUCACAAAUGCUAUGUACCUGGGCGCGGAAUCUGGGGGAAGGGAGAGAACCAGUUGGGAAUUUUUCGACCGUUAUUUAUCCUUGGUGGAUAACGAAAACACUGCAUCCGAAGUCUGUAGCGCACUGGGCACUUGCGAAGGUAAUCUAUCGGAAAUGGAUAAACGGUGACUAUUUCUAAAGUCUGACUGGAGGAACGAUGGAUGAUGAGGAAGAGUGGACUGUAACUAGUUCCUUGAGUAAACUUCUCAAGUCAUUACUCCUAUAUUGAAAGACAAACCUUAACCGCAAGUCAAUGAUGAUCAGUCA